AUGUUCCCGAUGAUCGAUUCCCCCAAACUGGCAAAGAAAGCAGUCUCAUACAGCCGCUUCCCGCCGGCGGGGAUCCGGGGAUCGGCCCACACGGUGGUGAGAGCUUCGGAUUACGGGAUUGAUGAAGGGUAUUUGAGUCAUUACGAGGAGGAGUUGCUGAUUAUGUGCCAGAUUGAGAACGAGGAGGCGACUUCGUCUUGUCUUCUUCCCCUUUCGCUCCAUCUGUUUUCUCUGCAAUGGGCAUCCCCUGUUCGAUUCGAUGAGCGAUGA